AUGUGCAAAUGCGAGGAAGUUAGUCAGGCAUGCUUCGUCUUAUAUUAUCGUCAAGAGCUUAAGCAAUCAAAAAGCCGCUCCUGAAAACAUUUGCACCAUUUUAGAAAUAGGAAAGUAACACUGAAGCUCUGUAACGGGGACUGCCUACGCAUUGUGCAUUUAAAACACAUGGCUGGUUGCUGCCCUUUCUAGCCCUGACCUGGUGCCAGGUAUGGAGUAGGUUUUGUCGUAGGAUGAACCCCGCAGGUCGAGGAGCCAGAGGAGCAGGCAGGACUGUGUUGAUACCCGAGGAAGAAGCUCUGGAAAUGUCAGAAGAGGAGGUGGAGUCGCCCCACAGGCCUUGAGAAUGAGGCCUCCAGAAGCUUUAGGUCCAGGCCAAAGAGCAACGGCACAGUAUGUGUAUUGGGAUCUAGAGACAUUGGGUUACUUGUGAGGAAGGGGUCUACCUAUGGAUCGAACCCACUUUGUUCUUAACUAACUAAGCAAGCAACUGGUACUGACCCGGAUAUUGCCAGGCACUGAUUGUUUACCAUCAAGUUCUGCUCUGUUCUGCCCGAUUGUAGUUUUCAGAACCAGAGGAUUCCAGGUUUAUCUGGGGCAGGGCGUGUGCCCUGCAGCUCGUGUCCCUCCAGGUGGGGGGCAUCCAUCCAGCAGCCCCACUUCCCUUCUCCCUACCCCUCUGGCCUUCAGCUCCAUUCCAUGGGGGUGGAUGGCAUGUAUGAGAAGAGCAGAAUGCUGAACAUACAGAACAGCACGUGGGGCAGCCGCCAAGAGUGGUACCAAGACAGUUUGGUGACAGGACCACCCAACCCUGAUAGUUGCCAACAGCUGGAGAGUGGCUUGGACCCUGAACACCCGCAAGGUGCAAGCACCCAAGACCUAGAUGAGUCCCAAAUCCGUUUGCAGCUGAAGCGCAAAUUGCAAAGGAACCGGACGUCUUUCACCCAGGAGCAGAUAGAGGCGCUGGAGAAAGAAUUUGAGCGCACUCACUACCCUGACGUCUUUGCCCGUGAACGCCUGGCAGCAAAGAUCGACCUCCCGGAGGCCCGGAUCCAGGUCUGGUUCUCCAACCGCCGAGCUAAGUGGCGCCGGGAGGAGAAGCUGAGGAACCAGAGGCGCCAGGCGGGGGGCACCGGGGGUCACCUGAGCAUAAACAGCAGUUUUGGCUCCGCGGGCAGCACUGUCUACCAGUCCCUCCCCCAGCCGACGGGGUCAGGCACCAUGUUGGGCCGUACGGAAAGCGCCCUCAGCAACAACUAUGGCGCCCUUCCGCCCUUGCCCACCUUCUCUAUGGCCAACAGCCUCCCUAUCCAGCAGGCCGUGCCCCCUGUGGCCAGCCAGACGUCGUCUUACUCCUGCAUGCUCCCCGGCGGCUCGUCCGUGCGAAGCUACGAUUCAUACACGCCCUCCCAGCUCUCCUCUCAUAACCUGAGCUCCAGCAACGGGGCCUCUACUGGGUUAAUCUCUCCAGGAGUGUCUGUUCCUGUCCAAGUCCCUGGUGGGGACCCUGACCUUGCCCAGUAUUGGCCAAGGUUACAGUGAGGAAAGAAGUGGAACGGA